AUGAUUGAUUUUAUUCUAUGUACUAAUGAUCCUGUGAGUUUCCAUACGGAGAACACCAAGAAAAACUCGUCUCAUUAUAGUCUUCUAAGGUAUAUAGGUGCUAAGACAUUGGCUCAGUUCCAAACCCGUAUUGCUGCUCGAGUUUAUUAUAAUACUCAAGUUCACGUUGGAAAUCGGCGAAUGAAGUAUGGGAUCGUAUCCACAGAGGAUCUCCAACGGGAUCUUCUAGACUGGCGAUGGCUUUAUGUUGCUGGUCGUCUUCAUAAGCCAGUUUUGGAUAGCAACAUCGAGCAGAAUCGCCGAUGUGCUCUCCAAGCUGCUCUACUACUUCUACCUGAUUCGUUCAAUUUGGAGGAGUUGUAUGAGAAAAUCGUCUCAUUAUCAUAUACUGGAGACUUUCGAAUGUACGUCGGAGAAGAUAAAGACAAGAUUAAAAAAAUCGUGCUCGGUUCCAUGGAACAGCUAUCCGAUGUUUAUGACCCUCUUCUCGCUGACGACUCGAAACUUGUUGUUCAGAAUGGAAAAGUACUGCAAGAUGGUUCCACUCCCGCGGUUUAUCAUCGAUUGAACCUUUUACCAUCAACAGUUCUAAAAAGGAUACAGAAAAAUUGGAAUAAAAGGAAUAAAUGGCAGAAAGAUUCAGAGGAGGUACUGUUCUCCCUAGCGCACCGCCACGAUGUCACUCUGCAUGUUGAAGGAGCAAUUUCGUCCAUUGUUGCUCCAGCAGCGCUAUCACAAAGUCUCAAGAAUGUUGCUUCAGCCGGGUUCUCUCGAUCUGUCGUGUAUAGCUUAGCCAAAUUGGCGAAAAUGAUGAAAAGUAUAGGAAAAUAG